AUGGUACAUUUUAGCGGUAGAAUUUUACUUUUAGAGCUCCAGCAAAAGCGGAAAGAUGUUGCUGAGUAUAGCGGAGACAUUUUUUAUUCUAAACGAUACUCUGAUGAUCUCUAUGAAUACAGGUUAUUUGUUUUCCCUUUAUUUUUAGGCUUAAUCAAUUAUUUUGACAUUAGGCACGUAAUUCUCCCAAAACAGCUGAGUAAAUAUUAUUGUGGAAGUCGCCUGCUGCUUGAGCAUGAGUGGCGGGGACUUGGAAUUCAGCAAAGCCCCGGCUGGACCCACUAUUUGAUCCACAAGCCAGAGCCGCAUAUCCUCCUCUUUCGCCGUGACAAGGGAUCAAUAGAAACAUAA